UAAUCUUUCAAAAGACGAGAGGACCACCAACAAACAAGCUGUUCAUCUAUCGCUCCUGACAGCGGCACGCACCAGCUUUAUUGUGUCGAUCGUGCUGCUACGAUAAUGCGAAGAUGCAAGAGUACUUCAAGAGCGACCAGAAGUUGUUCUCGAAGAGCCAAUAGGGACCUGCUACCUCUUCAUUGAAUGGCAUCGCAUUGAUAAUCACAAAUCGAAAGGAGUGUUAUUUUCCUUUUGAGGGGAUCAGCUUGGAAAGGGUUUUUAAUUUGCGCUUUAUGACAAGUAAAUGCGAAAAUAAUGAAGCUGCGAAUCCUGACGUUUAACAUCUUCUUCGAUGAGGUGGCGCGGUCCAUGCGCAUGAAGGCCAUCGGUCGGUUGGUCGAGCAUUUCCGCCCCGCUGUCAUCGGGUUCCAAGAAGUCACGCGUGACGCUCUGGCGAUGCUCAAGGCGCAACAAUGGGCCAAAUUCUACGAUUGCAGCGUGGACACGGCGCCCCCAUUUCAAGAGGCCUAUUUCGUGGCUCUUUUCAGUGCCUUACCUGUCAAAUCGCUUGAAACUCACCCAUUUUCAAAUACGGGCAUGGGUCGAGAAUUGGUGAUCAUGCAGGUUGAACCCAUUCCAGGCAAGACCCUUUUCGUGGGAACGUCCCAUUUAGAGAGUUUGCCCCAAUUUGCAGGACCAAGAGUAUCUCAAUUGAAGGAAAGUUUGACACUGCUACGGGACAGAGUGAACAAUGCGGAGAGUGAUGAUAUGGUGGCAAUUGGGGACAAAAGACGCGCAGAUGGAAACCCAAAAAAUGUCUGUUUGGGAGCAAUUUUUAUGGGGGACACAAAUUUGAUGAAGACAGACAUGAAGUUACUGGAUAGACGCCUCGCUGCGUUCGCUGAUGUGGACGUUGAAUUGGCCAAAACCGGAAGAUCCAAGUGCCGGACUUGUGAGGAGGUGAUCGAUAAAGGAGCAGUGCGAGUAGGCAAGAUGGCGAAAAGUACGGUGACAGGAGGGAAAGUAUUGGAGAUUCGAUUGUGGUUCCAUUAUACUUGCUUUCUGAAUGCGUCGUCAACGACUGAUGAUGAGAAGACGUUGGUUAAAAGAAUGGAAAGAGAGUUACGAGGAGAAUCCAAACGAGGUGACGAAGAGACAGUAGAUUUGGCGACGAUGGGUUUACCGGGUGGAUGGAAGGAUCUUUGGUUGUCGGUACCUGGUAACACGGAGGAGAACGGGUACACGUUCGAUGGGACGCGGAACACUCUGGUCACGAGUCGAUCGUUCCGCAGCCGAUUGGACCGCAUGUACUUUUACUCUGCAUCAAACGACGAAGCAGGAAAGUGUGAGUUCGACCAGAUUGUGAUCGUAGGCCAGCAGAAGAUCGCUGAUGGUCUGUGGCCGUCUGACCACUUUGGUCUGCUUAGCACUUUCACCAUUCAUAAAGAGGAAAAGAGCGAUGGAACUCGGAACAGUGGAAAGAAGAAGGCGCGACAACAGCAAUCAGGAUCGGAUGCUGGAUCGCAACAGGCUCCGAUAGCAAUUGAUUAAGCGAAUUGUCGGAGCAUUCGAUACUCAUCACAGAAGAAAGACACAACUCCAUCAUUUUCCUUCUUUUUUUUUGUUUUGGAUUGGGGCUUACCACCACUCACACAGUAUCUUAUUAUUUACUGUUCCGUAGUUACAAGUACACGACAAUGAGUUCGAGC